UCGCGUCGAACACCAUAUAUGCUUCGCCAGAGGAAGCCGGAACAACAAAAACAUCAAGUAAGAGGCAAGCAUCUGUGACAAAGUUGCGUGCAGAGCCUCGGCGUCGUUGGCUAAUCAGCGAAGAACAGGCGGUGUAGAACCGCAUCCUCAGCAUGGCGCACGUGUAGCACCUGACCCCCGUUUCCUGGUUGAACCUCUGGACUCGGGACAAGUGAUUCACUCCGGACAGGUGAUUCACCAUCUCGAAGGCCGAAACUCAGAUAAGAAGCAGUAUGGUGCUUACGAAGCGAAUCCAGAUCAAGCAAAAGGCCAAGGCGCCCGACGCUGUUGUCGACGAUUGGGACGCCGAAUCUUUGGGAGGCGAGCGUGGUGAUGGAACGGCCGACCAAGGCGCACAGCAGGCGUCUGCUACUGAAGCCUCCAGCGAGAACUUGGGGAAAGCGGAUAUCGGCACCUCGAAAGAAGGCACAACCUUAGAGUCAUCAAAAGACUAUCCGGGACCACGAGCACUAGUGUUGGACGAUUAUAGUCGGAGCAUUUGGGAGAAAGCAAAUGCCUCUGGUCCUGCGAGUCCUCAAGGUGUGAUUCUUCUACGUCCUUCUGACGCUGCUGUCGGCGGCAGCCCCACGUUACCGACCGCCGCCCUGGCGCAGACUAACAGCAUUGCCGAAGGAGGUGUCCCCAAAAUCCUGCGGCGCAGUCCUGCUUCGGGAGCCGGUAGCGGCGUGUCUUCAAGCUCAUCAAGUGCACGCGCGUCGUCGACAGCGAUGACGCUUGAGCAGCGCGAGAAAGCAUAUGCAGAGGCGCGCGCAAGGAUUUUCGGGACCACGUCCGAGCUUGGCGCUGCGUACAGCUCUUCCCCCACGUCCUCCACAUCGCCCGCAGCGAGUGAAGCGAGCGGCAGCAGCGAGGCUGUGAAAGGAUCUGGGCGUUCUGCAGUCGAAGGACCCACAAGACGGCGAGGGGUAAAAGGACAGCAACAGCAAAGAGGCGGGCGAGGUGGAGGUGGGUCAGGACGCAAUUCGCCAAACGCGCACGCGAAUGCAAACCAGGGCAGGGAAGCACCUCCUCGCUCAUCGACCCGCUCCAGUCCUUCCAACACACCGAGCAUUUCUCGCGCGAGCGACAUGAGCAACAGCAGCGAGCAGCCACGGCCACCUACGAAUCGCUUUAAGGUGAGCGACGGUACGAGGCAGCCUCGAGGCCCACAAGAUGGUUCGGCCGGCUUUCUAGCGCGUUGAUGAUGAGCAUAACCCAAACAAACGCUCGUCAUAGGCGACGAUAGCAUAUCUACUGUUAU